CCCGGGCGCAGUGCUGCGGAGGGUGAAGGCAUCCCGGAGUGCGGCCCGGGCCGGCGCGGCGAUGAUGAACAGGUUCCGAAAGUGGCUGUACAAACCCAAGAGGUCAGACCCACAGCUGCUAGCCCAGUUCUAUUAUGCCGAUGAGGAGCUGAACCAGGUGGCUGCAGAGCUGGACAGCCUGGAUGGGCGGAAGGACCCCCAGCGGUGUACACUGCUUGUCAGUCAGUUCCGUUCCUGCCAGGACAACGUGUUAAGCAUCAUUAACCAGAUCAUGGAUGAGUGCAUCCCCCAGGACCGUGCCUCUCGAGAUUUCUGUGUUAAGUUCCCUGAGGAGAUCCGGCAUGACAACCUGGCUGGCCAGCUGUGGUUUGGUGCUGAGUGCCUGGCUGCUGGUUCCAUCAUCAUGAAUCGUGAACUUGAGAGCAUGGCCAUGCGGCCACUGGCCAAAGAGCUGACCCGCAGCUUGGAGGAUGUGCGUGGUGCCCUCCGUGACCAGGCACUGCGGGACCUUAACACCUACACGGAGAAGAUGCGUGAGGCACUGCGGCACUUUGACAUCCUCUUUGCAGAGUUCGAGCUGAGCUAUGUCUCAGCUAUGGUGCCUGUGAAGUCCCCCAGAGAGUACUACGUUCAGCAGGAGGUCAUUGUGCUGUUCUGCGAGACAGUUGAGAGGGCUUUGGAUUUUGGAUACCUGACCCAGGACAUGAUCGAUGACUAUGAACCAGCUCUCAUGUUCACUAUCCCUCGACUGGCUAUUGUGUGUGGCCUCGUGGUCUACGCAGAUGGACCCCUGAACUUGGACCGCAAGGUGGAGGACAUGUCUGAGCUGUUCCGGCCCUUCCACACAUUGCUGCGGAAGAUAAGGGAUUUGCUGCAGGCACUGACUGAGGAGGAGUUACACACAUUGGAGCGGAGCCUCUGUGUCUCCCAGGAUGUGGAACUACCCAUCCGAGCAGAUGCCCAGGCACCCAGUGUCCUUGCACCCACCUUUUCUGCAUCCCUUCCCCCUGAGGAGCCACUCUUGGCCAAGGCCAAAAACCCAGAUGCAGAACUGGCCUGCUCCAUGCAAUAUGAUGAUCAGGAGCUAGAAGAGCUCAGCCGCAUGGUCCACAGGGCUGGGGAUGAGAUGUCAUCUCUGCUUUCACCACCCAGUGCCUGCCAGUCCCCAGCACACAGGCCAGAGGCCGAAGGCAGCCCACAUAGAGAGGCCUCUGUGGGUAGGACCCAUUUAAAGCCAGACAGUGAUGAGGAAGAACGGGUAUUCUUCAUGGAUGAUGUGGAGGUGGCAGAAGCCCUCACUAGGCCUGAGUCCCCAGGACAUACUCUUGAGUGGGCAGGCAACAUCAGAAGCAAUGGCCAGGAUAGAGGACAGGAUGGCCAGAGUGGAGAGGAGGAGGUCAUUGUGCCUGUCCCCAGAAAGGAGGAGGACUGGACUAACAACAACAACAUUGAAGGCAGCAAGAUGCAGCUGGCUGGCCUUGCAGGCUCUACUUCCUGCAGCUGCCUGGACUCACAGAUAUACCUGGACGGCUGGGAAGUGAGUGUAGAUGAUGCUGAGACGGCUGAGAUGAUUGCCCACCGGACAGGGGGCAUGAAGCUUUCAGCUACAGUCAUCUUCAAUCCCAAGUCACCCACCUCCCUGGAUUCUGCUGUGGCCACCCAGGAAUCCCCAAGCCAUGGUAUUUCUCCACUGGAGCAGCUGAGGGCUGAGGAAACAGGGCAUAGCUCUCACAAACUCAGUGCUGCAGCCACCAACUGCCUCCUGCAUUCCUGUGUAUGUUGUGGGAGCUGUGUGGACAGCAGGGAGGAUGCAGUGGGACACCUACGGGGAAAGUUUGGCUCUGGAAGUGUCAUCAGUGCCUCUUACUCUGCUACAGGCUUAGCCAAAGGUGAUGACAAAGGUCCUGAAAGACUGGAUGAGGUCUUGCCCACCCCAAAAGCCUCUGUGCCCACAGAAGACACCUCUGACAGACAGGAGCCCAAAGCCUCUGCUUCCAAUAAGUGCCUGUCAUGUACUUCAGAGCCUCAGGUGGACACAGCAAAUGGGUCACAAGGAGAGGGUGAGGUCUCAAGCCAGCAGAAGGAGCCUGAGGCCAGAAAGCAGGAUUCUGGGGAAUCCCCUGUGGCCAGAGGGGACAUCCCAAGAGGAGACAUGUCCCAAACAGAGCCUCAGCAUCUGUCAGGCUCCAGCUCCCCAACUGGUUCCUGCUCCCCAGACAAGACUGGGCUGGAGGUAGCCCCUACAGCCAUGCCUGUCAUUCCCCUGGCCACCAGAGAGAAGAUCCGGUCCAGGUUCCACGGCAGUCAUGACCUGAUCCACCGCCUAUUUGUCUGCAUUUCAGGUGUGGCUGACCAGCUGCAGACAAACUAUGCCAGCGACCUGAGAAGUAUUCUCAAAACACUGUUUGAGGUCAUGGCCACCAAGCCAGAAACAGAUGACAAGGAAAAGCUAAAGAAGGUCACCCAGACUCUGAGGAGUGCAGCCUUAGAGGACUGUGCAUUAUGCCAGGAGACUCUGUCAUCCUCAGAACUGGCAGCCAAGACCCGCAAUGGGGACUUUGAAGAUCCCCCUGAAUGGGUGCCGGACGAGGUCUGUGGCUUCUGCACUGCCUGCAAAGCACCUUUUACUGUCAUCCGAAGGAAGCACCACUGCCGCAGUUGUGGGAAGAUCUUCUGCUCCCGCUGCUCAUCCCACUCAGCACCACUGCCCCGCUAUGGGCAGGUGAAGCCUGUCCGAGUGUGCACACACUGCUACAUGUUCCACGUCACGCCCUUCUACAGUGACAAGGCGGGCAUGUGACGCUGUGCCUGGCACUCCCCAGCUCACCCUACUGGGGACUCCAGGAUGAAGGCACUGUGUUUUCCUUGUGUCAGUCUCAUCCAGGGUCUCCAUAAAGGAGGCACUGCAGCUGCACUGUGUCCUGUCCAGGCUAUACUGCAGAAAAGCCUCACUGUAUCUCAUCAAGCCAUCACUGAAGCUGCAGGCCUGCCCAGAUUUCCAGAAUGUUCUGAGCCACCUGUCUGUCUACCCUGGCCCCUUUACCCAUGGCAAUAUUAGGCCUGGUAUAAGGGCCAGCAGGAGGUCAGCUUUACCUAACAGAGGAACUUUGGGGGGGUCUAUCUAGUGGUUGCUUUGGGGAUAGGGCAGGGUAAGGCUCUUCAGCCCAUGCAUCAGAGCUCUACUAUGGCUUUAUGUACUAGGGUAGAAGAGUGCUCAAUCUGCAUAGCCUUAUCUAUGGCUGAAAAUGUGGAAGCAGGAGCAAGGAGGCUCUAGGCUUCAGCAUCAUAGCAGGGCUCCCUGCUGCUUAUUGCCCACCUCAUUCCCUAGUGCCCACAACCCAUCAUCUGCCUCAGGACCCUGCUAAACCACCACAUCUCAUGUCUUCUUAGAAGGACACCCAGUGGCUCCCUGAGAAAUAGACAUGCCUUUGGCACUUGCACCUAAUGCCACCUGUUGGCGAGAAGGGCCAGUCACACACACACUGAUACCCACAGCUGAAUUCUUGGAUUCUUGGGUCUGGGCUUACCAGGAAGCUGCCCAUUUGGUCAACACUCCCCUCUCCCCACUUCACCCAUGGGUCUCUGACUCACUUCCUCAGACCCCAGAGUGGCCAGCACAGGCUGAGGCAGCUAGGCCACUCCAGCAUGGACACCUCCUCAGGCUUCAAUCUCAGGCUUCACGUUGCAAUGACGAUUGCAGUUUUAUUUUUAGAGAUGAUACACCUACUGCUUCUUUUAUAGGAUGAAAUCCAAUUACUGCUCAGCAGUGGAAUUACACAUGCACAAAAAUGGCUUUGUUGGGGGGCGGGGA